AUGGCACACAAAAAAUCUUUGGAGGCAUUAGAUCGCUCAAUGCAAGAUUUACGAAAUAACAAAAACCGGUUUGGUGGUACCAUGAUACUAUUGGCAGGUGAUAUUCCACGCUCAACGCCAGCUGAUGAACUAAAUGCAUGUUUGAAGUCGUCCAUUCUAUGGAAAUACAUUAAAACACUUAAAUUGAGUAUAAACAUGAGAGUCGAAUUGCAGGAAGACCAGUCUGGAGAAGUGUUUUUCAAACAACUGCUCGAUAUUGGUAAUGGUAAUAUUGCUGUUGAUACAUCAUCUGGAUACAUUACAUUCCCUACCAAUUUUUGUAACUUUUGUGGAUCAAAGACCGAACUCAUGGAGAUGGUUUUCCCAAACAUUGCUCAAAAUUACGUAAAUCACGCUUGGUUAAGCGAACGUGUUAUAUUGGCCGCAAAAAAUGUUGAUGUGAACGAAAUGAAUUUUCAGAUUCAAGAGAAAAUAGCUGGCGAAUUGAAGAAUUACAAAUCAGUUGAUUCCGUUACUAAUGAAGAUGAAGUUGUCAAUUAUGCAACAGAAUUUUUAAAUUCGCUGGAAUUGCCCGGCUUACCAUCUCAUAAUCUGCAAGUAAAAAUCGGUUCAGUAAUUAUUAUGUUACGGAACAUAAACCAGCCACGUCUGUGCAAUGGCACCCGGCUUGCGGUGAAGAAAUUAUUGAACAAUGUCAUCGAAGCCACAAUUUUAAAAGGAAAGUACAAAGGCGAAGAUGUUUUAAUGCCACGCCUCCCUAUGAUACCGAACGACAUGCCAUUCAGCUUUAAGCGUUUACAGUUUCCAGUGCGGCUUGCAUUUGCAAUGUCAAUAAAUAAAUCGCAAGGGCAGUCGCUAAGUGUAUGUGGCAUCAACCUAGAAAAUCCAUGUUUUUCACAUGACCAAUUAUAUGUCGCCUGUUCCUGUGUCGGAAAACCAUCAACAUUAUUUAUUUACGCGCCAGAACAUAAAACUAAAAAUAUAGUUUAUCAAAAAGCAUUAGAGUAG